GUAAUAUGUGUUGUGGAUCAGAGGAGUUUUGAGGAUUUUUGAAUAGUAUCAUCGUGACGAGAAUGGUUGAAGAGUCGAGGGGUCAAAGUCUUUCUGGUGCUGGUCAUUGGGGAAGUUGGGAAGGAAACUCCCUAAUAGGCCACGGAAGUCUUUAAGCCGACCAAUCAAACUGUGUAUCCAGCAACUUUUUUACAUGGUUAGUUUCCACAAGUCUUCCGUCUCCUAAUUUCCAAGUCAACUGGCGUGUUAAACAGCCAAUUUCCUUAAUAUAUUGCAUACAAAGAAUUCUGAACCUCUAAACAAUUCAACACUCUUGUUCUGAAGAGGAGGAGUAGAUUUUCUUAUUGUUAUUCCUUUGCGGCGCUUUCUUCUUGUUGAUCAGCUCGAAUCUUCGGAUGGCUCCGGUGGCUUUGUUUAUUCUCGCCGUUCUUGCUCAACUUGUGGUUCUGCACUCUGCUCAAUAUUCAGAAGCGGAACCCUCCAAACGUUGUCCAGGCCACUUCUGCAGUGAAACAGUAGGCCACAUCAGCUUCCCCUUCAAAAGCCCGGGAGAUCCUCCUGAAUGCGGAUUGUUCAAAGUCAAUUGUUCAGUACCCGAUCAGCCAAAAAUCCAAUUGAAAGAGAGAGGAUACUGGUAUGAAUUCCAAGGCCCUUUAUUUUCACCUUGGAUUUCUAUCAAAGACAGAGACCUUGCCGACCCCUUAGAAAAGAAUCGCUGCGAUGAUAGAGUUUUGGACGCCUUGAGUCUUCCCAACAUUUCUUCAAUCCCUGAAGUAUCAUUAUCCACACCCAAUCUUACCCUUCUCAAAUGCAACAACAUCUUGGACAAAAAUUCUUGUCCACAAGCUAAAUAUGUCUGCGGAAAUGCUUACCAUACGUAUUAUAUCAAUUCAUCUAACAGUAAUUUACCUAACCCCCCGCCGCCAGGGUGUACAACCGUUCAGGUCCCCAGGAAUACGCUUAAGCCCAACACGUACCCUCCAUGGACAGCUGAGUUUUACCUCGCAGUGGCGACACCAGAAUGCUUUCAAUGUCUUGACAGAAAAGGUGAAUGCCUGGUUGAAGAGGGAAAAUUUAAAUGCACCAAAGAUCAAGUUGCAGGACAUAAGCAGUUGCAAUUGAAGCUCGGACUAGGUGCAGUUGCUGGUCUCAUAUUUCUAGUCGUUAUCGUUUGCUGCUUAAGAAGAAAGCUGUCAUCAUAUAGAUUUCUUUUCUUUUGGAAGAAGCAAAACCAAAAUCAUCAAAUUGUAGAGGCCUUUCUAAGGAGCUACGGGCCGCUUCAAGUACGAAGGUAUAGCUAUGUGGAGGUCAAGAACAUGACCAACUCCUUCAAAGAAAAACUAGGAAGUGGAGGCUAUGGUGCUGUUUACAAAGGAAAGUUAAAGGACGGCUGUCUUGUAGCAGUGAAGGUCUUGACAAAACUAACAGGAGAUGGAGAAGAAUUUAUGAAUGAAGUGGCAGCCAUUAGUAGAACUUCCCAUGUCAACGUCGUCACCUUGUUAGGCUUUUGUUUUGAGGGUUCCAAAAGAGCUCUCAUCUAUGAAUUCAUGCCUAAUGGAUCUCUAGAGAAAUUCAUAUUUGAUUCAAAUACACCCAACAUAGGUCAUGAUCACUUGGGAUGGGAAGCAUUGGAUCAAAUUUCACUUGGCAUUGCUCGAGGCUUGGAGUACUUACAUCGUGGUUGCAACACAAGAAUUUUGCAUUUCGACAUCAAGCCUCACAACAUUCUUCUCGAUGAAAACUUCACCCCAAAAAUCUCGGAUUUUGGCCUUGCCAAAAUAUGCAACAGGAGAGAGAGUAUUGUCUCGAUGUUGGGCGCUAGAGGUACAGCAGGUUACAUUGCUCCAGAAGUAUUUUCUAGAAACUUUGGAAAGGUCUCACACAAGUCGGAUGUGUACAGCUAUGGAAUGAUGCUUUUAGAUAUGGUUGGAGGAAGAAGGAACAUCAACGCUGAAGCUGAAAAUACAAGUGAAAUAUAUUUUCCGCAUUGGAUUUACAAGCGUCUUGAACUGGACGAAGAGCUUGGGCUGCAGAGUGUUGCAAAUGAGGAAGACAAAGCAAGAGCAAGGAAGAUGAUCAUAGUGAGCUUGUGGUGCGUACAAACUGAUCCUUCAAACCGGCCAGCAAUGAAUGAAGUGAUAGAUAUGUUGGAAGGGAAUGUUGAUUUGUUGCAGAUACCUCCCAAACCUUACAUGUCUUCUCCUCCAAAAUCCCUAGCAGAUUCUUCUGCCGCUUUGGUAUCAAUAAAGUAAAAACCCUGUAUUUUACUUGAACAAAUCUAUGUUUUUCUGAGGCAAUCUAAAUAAUGAAGCAUGCGUUUCAUGUUUUA